UCUACCACGACGCCUUCCCUAAUCGUCGCCGCCUCUAAGAGGCCCGAGUACGCCAAGCUUAUCGAUGCCGCCGUUGAAUACGGUACGACCAACGGCAAGGACGUCGAGUCGCAGGUUGAGGCCGACAUGGACCAUCCUCUCGUCGAGUUCGGAAAG